AUGUCGUCCCUCGUUCAAUCCAUAUUUCAUCCUUCUGAAAUCGUCGCGAUUUUAUACUACUUGUAUUCUAGACCUCCGCAAAAACUUAAUUUAAAUUCAGAAAAUAAGUCUAAGAUACGAUGUUAUGAAUUUUUGAAGCAAACUUCUCGCUCUUUUGCAACC